AAAUUAGGUAUUAAAUUUAGGAAAAAAAAUUAACUUAAAUAUAUGUACAUAGAACAAUAGCAAUGCAAAUAUAAUAACUAAACCGUAUUACACAACUCGACAACUCUCGCCCAUCGUAAUAAACAACGACGACAACAACAACAACAACAACAGCAACAACAAUAAUAGCAACAGCAGCAACAACAACAGCCGUCAUUCAACAUAAUAAAUACAUUUGUAGAUCAAACGUCGAUCGUGUAACAACAACAAGCUUGCGGAGUCUGGGGGCGGCCAUCAAAAUGCAUAUUGAAAUACAAGUGGCGUUGAAUUUUGUCAUUUCGUAUCUGUACAACAAAUUGCCGAGACGUCGUGUGAACAUAUUCGGGGAGGAACUAGAGAAGGCGUUGCGCGACAAGUUCCAAGGACACUGGUACCCAGAGAAGCCUUUCAAGGGCUCGGCGUACCGCUGUCUCAAAACUGGCGAUCCCAUUGAUUCGGUGCUGGCUCGUGCGGCGCGCGAGAGCGGCGUACCCAUAACCGAUAUACUUGAGAAUUUGCCCAACGAGCUGUCCGUCUGGGUGGAUCCCGGCGAGGUGUCCUAUCGCAUAGGCGAAAAGGGCGCUGUUAAGAUACUCUAUACGGAGAACAAUGAUAAUCCCGAGGACAGCCAUUCGGCCGAUCGUGAAGUUACCAAAACGUUCAAUCCGGAGGCUCAGUGCUUCCGUCCCAUCGAUGUGGUCAACACGACCAUGAAUAACCUGAGCUUAAGUCCCAAGGCAUUGCCAUUGCCGUUGCCGCUGCCAUUGCCAUUGCCGCUGCCGCUGCCAUUGCCGUCGUCCGGCUCGUCGCCACACUCGGCCGCCUCGAGUGGCUCGCCCACCUACAAGGGCAGCCCGAAUCCCAAUGGCGGCGGCAGCGGCGCCGGUGGCGGUGGCGGUGCCGCUGCUGCUGGCUCCAACGGUGGCGGAAGUCUCUCGGGCAGCAGCAGCAGCAAUGCAGCCACAGCCAAUGCUACAGCCACCGCCGGUGGCGCGGGCUUUGUGCAGCGCGCCGCCCAGGCACCGCUCACAUUCACCACGGCCACCUUUGCCCAGACGAAGUUCGGCAGCACCAAACUGAAGACUAGCUCCAAGCGUACCAACAGCAGCUCGUAUCGCAUGUCGCCCACUGAGUUCUCCAACUAUAUCAAACAGCGUGCGAUGCAGCAGCAGAUGCACCAUGGCCACACCGUUGGCGGCUCCUCGGCAUCGGCAUUCGGUGGCCUGGAUGCCGUAUCGCCCGCUCGCUCCCUCUCGCCGAAUCCCCUGACCUUGGCUGGCAAUCAGGGCAACGCACCGAACGUCGCACCACCAACUGCAGCCGAUCCAUUUUACUAUUCAAACAUUUCGAUGGGCCUGUAUCCGCAAUACAAUGGACAGCGUGGCCUAUACGAGAAUCAUUUUAAUGCGGAUUCUGGCAAUCUCGGACUGUUUGGAGCUGCAGGUGGAGCAACAGCAGCAGCAGCAGCCGCCGCCGCCGCCGCAGCAGCAGCAGCAGCUGCAGCAGUCGCCAACAAUGGAGGAGCAGCUGCUGCUGGCAGCAAUAGCUUCAGUACUUACCUGGAACCGUGUUACUUUAGCAAUGGACAUGUCAAUGUGAAUGCCAAUGCCGCAGGCGCCACUAUGAUCAAUCAGCAGCAGCAGCACCACCAACAGCAGCAACAUCAUCAUCAUCUUCAGCAGCAACAGCAACAGCAACAGCAACAGCAGCAACAGCAUUUGGAGCAUGCCAACAGCAGCGAUAGCUGCUUCGGCCUGGAUACGGAUUGCAGCGUCAUCGUUGGCAUCGAGGAGUCGCCCAAUUCAGCUGUUGGCGUCGCUACUGGCGAAUCGUCCACCGAUAAUAGUCCAAUAGCCACGCCCACAGCUGGCAUUGCCGGCAACGUGGCCAACAGCAGCAGCGACAGUAACAGCAGCAGCAGCAACAACAGCAACAACAACACCAACAACAUCCCUCAGCCAGGCGUAUCGUCCGCCAGCCUCGCAGCAACAGCAGCCCCAUCGGCUACGGCGGCCAACAAUCAGCCGGACAGCAGCAACACGGCAGCUGCCAGCAAUACUAGCAACAAUAGCAAUAAUAGCAAACUGAUCGAUGGGCUCAGCUCGUUCUAUGGCAGCGGCUCCACCUAUCAGCAGCUGCUGGUGGCCAACUAGAAGCAGCUGAAAGCACCGCGACAACAAAUCAUCAUAGACGAGAAAUCGACGCUAACCGGAAAUGCAAUAAAAAAUAAAAACAAAAAGACGAUGGCGACAAGUGUUCAAAGCAACAGCAACAGCAACAGCAAAAGCAAACGAAAAAGCAAAAGUAAAAGCAAAAGGAAAAGCAAGCGGCCAAAGUCAUCUUAACUGUAACUAGAUAUAAAUGUUAAACGGGUCAACAGCAGGCUGGCCCAAUCAAAAAAAUUAACUAGAGCAAGAAAGGUCUAUACAUAUAUAUAUAGGUAUAUAUAUACAUAUAUAUAUAUAUAUAUAUAUGUAAAAAGCAAGUCGGAGUGGAAUAUGUGCUGGCUGGGAGGCGAUAAGGGGAACGAAACGAAUGCCAUUGGAGAGAGAGAGAUACAUACAUAUAUAUAAGCAGACAGAUGUAUAUCAUGUAUAUGUAUAUAUCUAUAUAGGUAUAUACAACUGUAUGCGUGUAUAUAUGCAGCAAGUGUCGGUGUAACCCAACUGUAAACCCAUCUUAAGCAGGGGCCCCAGCAUGUAUUACCAAACAACAGCCAACAGACAAAAGCAACUCUCAAGCAACAAAUAAGCAGAAAAUAUACAAAAUGGAAUAGAUAGUGUAUAUAGAAA